AGAAAGCCUCGUUAACAUUGAUUGACAAAAAAUUCUUCGGGAAAUCGUGAUAUGCGGGCCUUAUCCUUGGACAAUACAAAUGAUGGAUCAUAGGUUGGCGAACGAGAGAAAGACAAUAAGACAUAUUGAGUUACCACCCGAACUACAGGAAUAUGUGGACGAUGUGCACAAGAUUUGUGUUUCCAAAAGUGGAAUAACAGAAAGUGACCAUGCAGCAUAUGAUGUGAAAUCGAACCCUCAUGAUCCCAAAUUACAAUGCUACAUGAAAUGUCUCAUGUUGGAAGCGAAAUGGAUGGAUAAGGAUGGAGCGAUUCAAUAUGAUUUCAUCAUAGACACAGCCCAUCCUAAAAUCAAAGACCUCUUGGUAGCGGCAAUUAACAAAUGCAGAGUGAUUAACGAUGGCGCAAACCUAUGCGAGAAAGCAUCUAAUUUCAACUUCUGCAUGUAUGGAGCAGAUCCAGAGAAUUGGUUCUUGAUCUAAUGGACUCGAAGAACAUGAUGAAAUAAAUACCUACCUACUAAAACUUGGAUCUGAGCAUUUUUUCAAUUU